AUGUCUGCUCCAUCCGAAACCACCAUCACCACCCCAACUACUCCAGCCCACAGAAUUUUUGUUGGUAACUUAACUGAAAAUGUUGAAUCCUCAACUUUAGAAACUGCUUUUGCUGAAUUCGGUAAAGUUUUAAGUGUUAGAAUCAUUAAAAAGAAGUUCAAGAGUAACACUUUUGGUUUCGUUGAUAUGGAAGAUUUAGAAACUGCCAAUAAAGCUGUUGCCGCCAUCAAUGGUAGAGAAUUCGACGGUAAACAAGUCAAUGUUGAAAUCGCUCGUGAAAAGAGUACCGAAAGCAAACCAAAGAGAACUUCAACCAGAAAGACUAGAACACCAAAACCAACCAGCACCACCACUGGCGAAAAUGCUACUACUGAAUCCACUGAAGCAUCACCAACUUUAAAUGGUAAUACCACCACCAAACGUAGAAAUGCCAGACGUAACACCAAAGACGUCAAAGCUGCCACUACCACCACCAACACCGAUGCCACCACCAACACUGCUGCUGCCUCAACCGCCGCUGCUCCAGCUACCAAAACCUCUAAACCAAAGAGAGAAAGAAGACCAGCUGCCAACACUGCUGACAGACAACAAAGUACCACUACCCUCUUUGUCAGAAACAUUCCAUACUCUUUUGAUGAUGUUAAAUUAUUAGAAACCUUCAAAGAUUGCUCACCAAAGAGUGCUCAUGUCAUUGUCAACAAACACACCAACAGAAGCAAAGGUUUCGGUUUCGUCGAAUUCGAUGAUGUUGCCAAUCAACAAAAAGGUCUCACCCUUAACAAACUCUCUGUUGAAAGUAGAGAACUCUCUGUUAAAAUCGCUUUAGUUCCAGAACCAAGAGAUGCCACCGCAACUACUCCAGAUGUUACCACUACCGCUUAA